GCACUGGUACCAAUUCCCGGAAGAACCAGAAGACGCUCCGACGAUGAGCGGGUGGCGGUGGCUGCGGCUGCUGUGGCGGCGCUGACAGGACACGAGCUCUAUGCCUUUCCGGCUGCUCGUCUCGGUUGGCCUCCUGUGCGCGCUGUUGCCCCUGCACCAUGGUGCGCCGGGCCCCGACGGCACCGCGCCCGACCCCGCCCACUACAGGGAGCGUGUCAAGGCCAUGUUCUACCACGCCUACGAUAGCUACUUGGAGAAUGCCUUUCCCUACGACGAGCUGCGACCUCUCACCUGUGACGGGCACGACACCUGGGGCAGUUUUUCUCUGACUCUAAUUGAUGCUCUGGACACCUUGCUGAUUUUGGGGAAUGUAACUGAAUUCCAAAGAGUGGUUGAAGUGCUCCAGGACAAUGUGGACUUUGACAUUGAUGUGAAUGCCUCUGUGUUUGAAACCAACAUCCGAGUGGUAGGAGGACUUCUCUCUGCUCACCUGCUUUCAAAGAAGGCUGGGGUGGAGGUGGAGGCUGGAUGGCCCUGCUCUGGACCUCUCUUGAGAAUGGCUGAGGAGGCAGCCCGUAAACUCCUCCCAGCUUUUCAGACCCCCACUGGCAUGCCAUAUGGAACAGUGAACCUGCUUCAUGGCGUGAACCCAGGAGAGACCCCUGUCACCUGUACGGCAGGGAUUGGGACCUUCAUUGUGGAAUUUGCCACCCUGAGCAGCCUCACUGGUGACCCUGUGUUUGAAGACGUGGCCAGAGUGGCCCUGAUGCGCCUUUGGGAGAGCCGUUCAGAUAUUGGGCUGGUCGGCAACCACAUUGACGUGCUCACUGGCAAGUGGGUGGCCCAGGAUGCAGGCAUCGGGGCUGGCGUGGACUCCUACUUUGAGUACCUGGUGAAAGGAGCCAUCCUACUUCAGGAUAAGAAGCUUAUGGCCAUGUUUCUAGAAUAUAACAAAGCCAUUCGGAAUUACACCCGCUUUGAUGACUGGUACCUGUGGGUGCAGAUGUAUAAGGGGACUGUGUCCAUGCCGGUCUUUCAGUCUUUGGAAGCCUACUGGCCUGGUCUUCAGAGCCUCAUUGGGGACAUUGACAAUGCCAUGAGGACUUUCCUUAACUACUACACUGUCUGGAAGCAAUUUGGGGGGCUCCCAGAAUUCUACAACAUUCCUCAGGGUUACACAGUGGAGAAGCGAGAGGGCUACCCACUUCGGCCAGAACUCAUCGAGAGUGCCAUGUAUCUCUACCGUGCAACCGGGGAUCCCACCCUCUUAGAACUUGGAAGAGAUGCUGUGGAAUCCAUUGAAAAGAUCAGCAAGGUGGAGUGUGGAUUUGCAACAAUCAAAGAUCUGCGAGACCACAAGCUUGACAACCGCAUGGAGUCCUUCUUCCUGGCUGAGACUGUGAAAUAUCUGUACCUUCUCUUCGAUCCAACCAACUUCAUACACAACAACGGUUCCACUUUUGAUGCGGUGAUAACCCCCUAUGGGGAAUGCAUCCUGGGGGCUGGGGGCUACAUUUUCAACACAGAAGCCCACCCCAUUGACCCCGCUGCCCUACACUGUUGCCGGAGGCUGAAGGAAGAGCAGUGGGAAGUGGAAGACUUGAUGAGGGAAUUCUACUCUCUCAAACGGAAUAGGUCGAGAUUUAAAAAAAAAACUAUGCGCUCUGGGCCAUGGGAACCCCCAACAGGGACAGGAGCAUUCUCCUCACCAGAAAACGAUGACCAGAGAAGAGAAAAGAAACCUACCAAGCAGAAAAUCCCACUUCUCAGCUGUCCUAGUCAACCCUUUACCUCUAAGUUGGCAUUACUGGGACAAGUUUUCCUAGAUUCCUCAUAACCACUGGAUGCUUUUUUGUUGGUUUUUGAAACUAAGCUAACAAUAAAUCUGCUUUUAGCUAU